GCAGCCUCUCGCGCAGAAUGCCCGACAUUCAAACGGAAGCACGCGCUACCAUUUUGAAAGCCAGCACCGCCUAGCGCCAUGGACAAGAGCCACACAGUGAAGCUCUUUGUAGGUAAUCUGGCGUUAGACACAAGCCAGGAGGAGCUGUCGGCCAUCUUUGAACCCUAUGGCCAGGUGGUGAGCUGCAGUGUGCUCCGACAGUUCGCCUUCGUUCAUCUGCAGGGCGAGGGCGCUGCUGAUCGCGCCAUCCGGGAACUUAAUGGACGAGAGUUUCGCGGACGGAAUUUGGUGGUGGAGGAGUCAAGGGGCAGGCCACUGCACUCCACCAAGGUGUUUGUGGGUAAUCUGAGUGGGAUGUGCACAACUGAGGACCUCCAGCAGCUGUUCCAGACAUUUGGGAAAGUUCUAGAGUGCGACAAAGUAAAAGUCAGGCAUUCCUCCUCUGCAGGCUACGCCUUUGUGCACAUGGAAAACAAGGAAGAUGCACUCCAGGCCAUCGAGGCUCUUCAUGGCACAUCUUUUAAGGGCCGCCCUCUGUCCGUAGAACUGUCAAAAGUUCAGCCCAGCAAGCAGGCUCCUACAGGAAAAAUUCCAUGUGUGAACUGUGGGAAGCAGGGACACUACGCUGGCGAAUGUCCUGUAGGGAAACCUUCCCUGGAACAGUACCAGAGCCAGGCCGCGGUCCUGGCUGCCGCUGCCGCUGCAGCUGCUGGUCUGCCUCUGCAGGUCCAACAGAGUGUGCACAAUUCAGUCUACAACACUUCCACAUUUGAUCCCACAUAUGCAGCUCUAACUGGCAUCACCACAGGCACACGUACUGAUGGAAACCCAGUGAAUCCAGCUGUGUAUGGUGCCCUGGCAAGCCAGGUCUAUGGUGCCAAUGUUGCUAGUCAGCUUUAUGGAACUGUUGCCAACCAGGCAGCUCUGACAUCAGGCGCCACACAAGUGUACAGCUCAAUGACCCCUAACAUCUAUGGCCAGGUGGCUGCUACACCAGCAGCGGCAGCAGCUGCUGCUGCUGCUGCUGCAGCCUACACAACUCCAGUUUACACACCCAGUGUGGCCAACCCCCCUAUGUACCUGGCUGCAGCUCCUGGAAUAGAAAUGCAGACUGCGGCAGCUGCAGUUAACCCAGCCUAUACUGUAGCUCCAGCAAUUUAUGGAGCUGCCACACCAGCCUAUGCUCACAUCAGCGCCAUGGGAGCAGCAGACCCGACCACAGCCAUCUUUGAAGCAGCCAGGCAGGCUCAUUACUUUGCCCAGGGUCAGCAGGUCGUGGCCGAGCAGCAGACAGUAGCCGCUGCCGCAGCAGCUGCAGCUGUGGUAAAAUCUGAGAGAGACCGCAGUCCCUUACGGAGGACAGCGCCCCUGCUGCCAGACCCAGUGAUGAAGCCGUUUAUAUAUCAGAGAGCCAAGCCCCGCCGACCCCUUCUCCCCACACCUGCAGGCCGAGCUGCAGAAGAGGCAGUGGAGGCUGCAGAGGACCCCAUGGCCAGGUACUAUGCUGAGUACUACCAGCAGCUGCAGCAGUACCCUCAGUUCCAGUAUGCCUACCCACCUCCCAGCACAGUGACAGCCCUCCCUGGCAUGCCGGGAGUCCAAGCUGUACCCACAGUCCCCACGAUGCCAGGUCAGCCUGUGGCAACGCUGGACGCUCUCAGGCCAGUGGUCCCCACCGCUGCGGCAGUGGCAGCCGCCAUGGCUGCACCCAGGGUGUAUGAGCCGCCGUUGCCGCCGCCCACGCGCAAGGAGGCCAUCCUCCGCCGCCCCGAACUCUCCCUUCACACGCCUGAGCCCCCUUUCCGAUAGUCGCACACAAAUCUCUGCCCCACCCCACCUCUCCUUCUUUCCCACAAACCCCCCCCAUCCUGUCCUUGACCCAUCUCCUCCUCCACCCAAACUUGACCACCUUACAGCAGCUGUAUGUGUGUAUAUGAAUGUGUGUAACUGUGGGGUGGGUUUCCCGGUUUAAUAACCUGCUUUACGAGGGAUGUGAUCGACUCACUUCGGUUCUAUUGGCAUAUGCUCAGUGCAACCAUAGGAGGAGGGCUCUUAUCUGUUUUAUGGGCAUUCUUUGUGCUUCUCAGUUUUUCUUUAAUUGUGCCAGUCUCACACUUGUGCCAGUAUUGGACUGACCUGCUCAGUCGUUUCACAUGCCUUUAUUUCUGCAAUCCAGUUAUGAUUUUCUAUGGCCAAAUGUAUGAGAAACCAGUUCAGGCAUCCACCUUUAGGCCUAGAGGAUCAGUUAGGGCAGCUAAUUUGAAACCUUUUUUUGCCUUAUGUGAUGGUUAGAUUUUUUAGAUUUUUCUAAUGUUUUCAGAUGGGAGUCAUUUUAAUACAUAUUGUGGACUGGUUGCAUUGUGUGGCGUCCAACAGAACCGAAGUGUCUGGGGAGGUUCUCUGUAAUGAAUGUUAAUAUGAAUGUGUGAAUGAGUGAAAGAGUAUUGGAUGUGCGAGCUCCUGACCUUGCAGUGCACAAAUGCAGCAGCUAAGUCUGCGCCUUGCUGAAAAAACCAUAAAGCACACGUUAAACGUACUGUAAUGUAUGUUUGGAUUGCUCCUUCACCCUUUUUCCAAACCCCCCCCCCACCUGUAGUGUUUAUUACAAUGCUGAAAGACACUGCUUCACCUCUCAUUCUCUUUUUACUACAGCUGCCUACCUCUGACAGUAGAUUCUAUUCUAUUCUGCACUUUGACCCAGACAGCAAUGCCACUACCUGAUCUGUAAAUUUUAAAAAGUAUCAAUGUAGGAAUGUUACCUUUGGUUUCAGUAGUUAUGAAAUGUAAAAUAGUCUUUUUUGUUUAUCAAAUACAUAUAUUAAAUCAGCUAAUAACUAAAAUCAGCUAACAAUAGCUAGCAAGCAGCAGCCAAAUAGAAGUACAUUUUAUCAAGGUACUCACAGCUUGACUGUUCAAUGUGAAUAAAAAGUACAAGGAAAUUUAAGUUUUUUGAAAUCAAAGAAGACUUAGGCCUUUGAGUAAACAUUUACAUUUGAAGCCUGAGUUCUUCUAAUUAAUAAAUACUAUUUAGCUAUUUUUUUUAUUUCAGUUGCAAAACCCAUUAGACAAUCUUAAAAAAUUAAAACCUGUAUUUAUUUAAUAAAAAUGACCUUGAUUCUUCUAUUUCAUCACUAGAAAUAACAAAGAUAACAUUAAUUAAAUGCAUUUUGUUUCAACACACCAGGGACAGGAAGUAUUAUUUUUACAUAAAUGUUGAACAAAAAUAGGGUGUCUCAUAGAGAUCAGGUAGUGACAUCAGUUUGUUUCCUGCUCCUCAUUAAGUUAGAGUAAGGAGGAAUGGGACUGACUUGUAGAUAUUCUGUGUUGAGUCCUCCUACAUUUCCAGAGGCCUUUUUUUCCCCACACUGUACAUGUUUUGUUUGUUUUAGAGUAGUUUCCAAGUCAACUUGGGGUGUAAUGACUUAAUAUGGUUUGAAAAAAAAAAAAAAACCCAUGUGUGACUACUGUUUGAGCUGUUUACAAAGGAUCUUGACACUGCGUCCUAUUUAGAGUUAUAAAUAUGUGUGAUAAGUUCAACUAUGUGCCUAUAAGCUUUGAGUGAAGUGCAUUAAGCGGAGGGUUUCUCCCAUUUUAAGUGCUUUUUACUUUUUAAUCUUGUCAAGGGGUGGGGUUAACAUGGCUUAGCUUUCUCAUAGAGUUGCUCUCAGAUUUAUUUCAACUAAAAGAGGUUUUAAAAAGCCACAAACUGAGCCUCAGUGGUUCAGAAUUAGCUUCUGGUGAAGCAGGAACAACAGUGAUAGCACCAAUGAGGUGAGAGAUGGCAGUGUCUUUUAGUUGCCCCAACUAUCCUCCUUUACCAGACCUGCUUUCAAUUGUACUUGCAAAAAAACUGAUAGGUGGGUUUUACUGUAUUGAAACAAGAUUUUUUUGCCCUCUAUGGGGCCUAUUUCCUGACAGAACUCUAUGAAAAUGAGACAAAAAUGUGUUCUUGUACAUUCCAUUUCUUUUGUGUUGAUGAUUUUCUCACAGAUGUCCUUAGUAGUUUGCCCUCCACAACAGCAGGUGGUGCUGUGGGUCAAUUUAAAAGCACUGGUGUUUCGCUAACUUCUGCCCAAAGGCUGAGUAGAGGUGUGGACAAGCCAGUGUGACUUAUAUUUCUGAUUUGUUAUCAAAUUACUGUUUGGCUCAAGCCUCGAGUUUUCAUUUUGGUUGAUGCUAUCGUAGGCUUUUGGAGAAAUUACUGAUUUAGGUCGAAGGGAUGAGCCGGGGAAGCAGGAGUGGUGACAAGUGAACUGAUUAGAGCACUAGCCUGUUGAUGCAGUAGCUAGUAGACCAUCUGAAAGACUUUUAGCAGAACCAAUUGACCCUGCUUGCUGAAAAACAAAAAUACCCUGAACAAUUCACCUCCACAACAGAAUGUGGCAGUAAAUGUAUUAUUUGUUUAUUAGUAAAUUUAAAAGCAUUAUGUUUUAAAAAUCAGAUGACGACCACUCACAUUACGCUUUAGACAGUUACUAUAGACUUGAAUACAAUCGUCGCUAGAUUGUGUUUCAGCUUUUUCGACUGGAGUAUAAACACACAGAAAUCUAUAUUUGGGAAUGUGGCUUUUCUGUAUAAAAAGCACUGUAAUGUUUCCCAGUGAGCCAUUGUGUGUCUCCAAUAAAUGGUUUUCUUUUUACCCCAGAUGAUAAACUUUAUACAUUUGUGUAUAUUUACAGGCUGAUGUAAACCAGUGUAAAGAGGCAGACACAUCAAAUAUCACAGCUUUGUGCUAUGUAUGUGUCAUUUAAUGUUGUUUUCUCAAGACAAACAGCCUGAGUAAUUCAUCUGUCAUAACUGCAGAUGGUGCUUUGACUCAAAACACCAAAUGAUGUAAUUUUAUGCUGUUUUAGGUAAAUUCAUAUAUCCAACUCAUCUUAAAUAAAUAAUAUUAACACAGAUGUAAAACUCAGCAGCUGCAUAAUCAACUGCCGAACGAUGCAUCCUAAAUCAAAUGUAGUAAGAGGCGAUAAUAACAGUCUGAGCAGGAAAUUAGCUCCAUAGUCUUCCAAAUACAGGUACUUCUGAUCUCAUUCUUGUUGGUAAACCUCACCCAUCUUUUUCCCUGGACUUGCAUUUUUGCAAACAUGAUUUGACAGCGGUCUGCUGCACACACAGCCAUCCCCUCUGAAAUCACCUUUACUGCCUCGCUGUCCCCCCUCUCCCCUCUCCCCCCUCCUUCCCCUCUCCCCCUGUGGUUUUUAGUGGUUAAGUGACUUUUUGCAUCUCACAGUGUAAUCUUUGUGUGUCGUAUAUACAAACACAUGCAUCCUUUGUAGAAAUAUGUGGUUUGCGAAAUAUCUUGUUUGCCAUGUUUAAGACCGUAUUUUUUAGAGAACUUUAAUUUUGCCUUCUUUUUUAGGAAAAGACAAAAGAAGCGUAACAAUCGGCAUGCUUUUUACUGAGAAUAUGUAUACUAUAAACCUUAUUAUAAUAAAGAAUGUUGGGCUGACUAAAAUGGUAAAAGAAAGCAAAGGGUUUGGACAUUUCCCCUUCUUUUGUUUAUGUUCUUCUCCACUAUCUGUUUUUUUUUUCUUGUGUAAAAUGACCACCACACCCAUUUGGGGGAUCCAGGGGGAGACAGGUGUAGAUGCUGCCUCAGCUUUGCUCUCUGUGGUCAGGGUGACCAUGCCGCCUGGAUCGGCCACCACGCAAGUGUGGCAGCGUGAGCCAUGGGGAUGACGACUUUUAGCGUGACGCCACCACCACAGUGGGAGCUUGUUCUCUCUCCUCACCACCAAGGUAAAUCAAAAAAUCAAGCAAAACAAACAAAAGCACUGACCUCACCUCUCCCCUCCUGCCGCCCCUCCUUUGACUGCCUUGACCAAACACCCCCUAACACUAUCUGAUCUGCACCAGAAACUCCAUUUGGAUUUGUUCUACGCAUUUACCAAAAUACUACUUCCUGUCAUUACUAUUUCAAAAUGAAGUGUGUUGUAGCUUUAAAUGAAUUAAAUUUAGAUUUAUAAGUGAUGAAACACAAUAUUCAAAUUGUUUAACUGUCAAACAUCUCGUAAGACUUGCCCAUGUAGUAUUUGGUUUUAGUAGUUCUGAAAUAUAUGAUUAAAUUUUUAUCAAUUUGUAUGUUGAAAUCAGCUGACAUUAGCUAACAAGCUUGUUUUGUCUGACCUUAGCUAGUGAGCUAAAUGCGGCUUGCCCCUUCAGAUUGACUGGAGAUUUUUUAAAAAAAAUAAUUAUGACUUGCAUUUUUUAAAUUUUCUCUUUCCAAACAUAUUACAUCAUCACACAAUCUAACAUUAAAAUUAGAACACUGGUGGACUUGGGAAUUUUUAAAAAAUCGAUUCAGGUUUUGCUAAGCUAGCAAAAAUGUCAGUGCAUCAGGCACUUAAAAUAUAUAUAUAUUUUUUUUUUUCUAAAGGGUGUUGAAACAAAAUAUUGUAUUUUCUUGAAAAGCAUGCAGUUACACACUACAUAGUUCUAAUUCUAUAAUCAUCACUGUUGACCCUCCUUCUGUGUGUGAUGGUAUAUUUACCUGCAGAAGCCUCUGCCUGUUUAUUCUAUUUAGCUCCUAAUCUUCUAUGUUUGGAUCAUUUCUGGUCAAGAACAUCACAUAGUGUGCUUGGAUGGAACACUGUAAAACCUGUCCAUUCCAGUUGGACAGUUAAACCCACACAGAGGAAAUCAACAAGCUUGUGCCUUGGCUGUACUGUAUAUUGACUUAAGAAUAUUACUGUAGCAUUGACUACUCACCAUCUUCCCAUGUAUUGUAUUGCUCACCCAACCACUUCUCUCUCUCUCCCUUGUUUUCUAAGUGAAGAGGAGGAAUAUGAACACUCCGAUUACAAACACAUGCAAGAAAUGUCACAUCCUUUACCCUUAACAAAUUACUAAUGAAAUGGAAGAUUAGGUGUUUUCUGUGGAGCGGCUGUUAUGAAUAUUCAAAACCCCAGAAACUUACGUUUGUAAAGUAAUUUCAACUUUUAACUUAUAAUUUUCCUUAGACAAAACUGUGAGGUUAGCUUGCUUGCUAAUGUUAGCUUAACAGCUGUUAGCAUAGAAGUUAAUGUUAUAAUCUUUUAUUUCAUCACCACUAAAACCAAAGGCUGAAACCUUAAAGUCCCAGGGACUGCGGUAAAAUAUUUAGAAAUACUGGUGACAGGAAGUCGCAUUUUUGCACAUGCUUGGAACAAGGGGGCUUCAGGUGCAGAUCCGUAGUAAAGACACCCUCCCCCACUUUUCCUCCACCAUCAGCACCUCCCCUCCUCCUCCAGCUCUGUAACUCCUCCUCUGCUGCUAUGGCAGUGCCACAGCCUUGGGCUUCUCCUGGUGGCGGGUGGGGUGAGGCAGGGACUAAGACCCACCCCCCUCACAAGACCAAGUCCUGUCUCGCAUCCAAAUACAAGACAUCUGACUGUGACCCUCUGUGUCCCGCCGGUGUCUGAGCGCAGUCUGGUGAGCUGAAUAAAGGGGGGUGUAUGUGUGAGAGAGAGAUUCACAAAGAGAGCAUGUAUGGAGCUAAUUUUCUACCAAAACAACAAACAAAACACAUUUUAAAUGCAUCCAGCUGUUCACUAACAAACUGUUUAGUUUGCAAAUGCAAAAGGUACCAGUCAAAGAAAUAUGCUUAGUUCUUUACAUCAUGCCUCUGAAAUAACUGCAGCACAAAAGCACAAACCACACAUUUCCAUUAUACACACCUUAAUUCGGUUUAGAAGCCAUAACUACAUUAUUAGAGGUAUGGAAUGUUUGUUGUCAGGGUCAUAAUGGAACCUUUGUAUUGAGGUACAAAUAUCAUAAAUUGUACAUAACACCUGAUUUAACUACACACAUCUAAGUCCUCCUAGUCUCGGUGUAGUUUUUUGUGUACUUGUAAGAUGUGCUGAAGUUGUUUCUGAAGUAUGACUUUGGGAAUAUUUAAAAGGUGAAUUUUUGUAUUUGCAAAAUAAAUUGCGUCAGUUGGUUUAAUGUGUUUUUGUAUUUGCAAGUGUUUCUUAGUGAAUCACAGGACAUUGGAAAGCAUUUUGUUUGUUUAGUUUCGGUAGGAAAUUGGCUCCAUAGCUUUGGUGGUGUUAUUUUUUUGGUUGGUUGGUGUUUGAGGCUUGGCACAUGCGGACAAAACCCCCCCACCCUCUCCCUGCCCGCUGGUCAACUCCUCGCCACCGCCGUAUUCGCCGCCCUUACCACUUCCCUCCUCUUCCUCCUUCUUCUCCUCCUCUUCCUCCUCACCCCGCCCUACUGUCCCCCUGCGCCUCUCCUCUCCGCCGUUUACAUACAGCGCUUUUUUUUUUUUCGCCGCAAUCGCCGUUGCCACCUUGGAUCUGGGUUCGUGGCUCUGGCUCGGACUCGACUUUCCCAGAACCAUCCAACCUGACCCAAAAUCCCCCACCUUCCUUUAUUACCAUAGAGGCCUUGGCGUGCCCAUGGACAGUGUUUGUGUGGUGUCCUCCCGCCGGACUCAGUAACAUGACACAGAGACUUCAGUGUUGGACACAUUGCUUUGCUAAAACUGUUGGGUUUGCUGCGUUUGGCUGUGAAAGGGAUCCUUAAAAAAAUCUAGCUCUUCUGCAUCUAAAAUGAAAAGUCAGCCUUUUAAUGUAACGUAGAGCUCUGGGUGUGCCAGUCAGAAACCUCCUAUAAGAUGGGCCUGUGUAUGAGGCCAGUCUAACCUGUAGACUCAUCAGUCUCAGGGUUCCUAUAGGACUUUUCUGUUCGGGCGGCUCCAUUUCUCUAAUCCUGGGAUCAGCUGCACUGGCUCUAUAUAUGUGCUCUAAAUGUCUGUCAUUAUCUGUUAAGGUUGUUAUCAUUGUGCACAGAUAGAGAGCUUAACUCUCACACAUGAUUUAACACUAACAGGCAUCAAGUGCUCAGAGUCGAGUUGUCCGCCGUUUGCUCCAAACAGCAACGAGAUGGAGUUGAAACAAACAAAGGCUGAUCUUUGCCUUUUGUCUGCCUAACAAACUAAGGAAACGCAAGAGGAAGAAAAAAGGAGAGGAAGGAAUAGAUGAAUUGAUAUUAAGGUGAGUUAAAAGACCCAGUAUUCUGUCCUAAACUGCUCCAUAACUUAACCUUUUUGAUCUCAAAGGACCAUAAUGGUAACAGAGUCCUAAUUUAAAGGUACAUUAUGUAACACUGUUUUACAUAUGAACUUCACAGUCUGUAUUCUGUCAUUAGGCAUCCCUUAAUCCAAAGAAUAAUAUGACAGAAAUUGUUGUUCACACAUAUUUCACGACAAGGUAUCUCAAUAAAAUAGCUUAAUUUCAUCAAUGUGUAUUGACAUGGUCAUUAGCUGAAAAUUAUUAAAUGUUUGUAACUCAAUAUAUACAAUGCAGGCCUAGUUGAUGCUAAUUAUAAUUUUAUGCUAUUGUGUCUUUAAUCCCCUUUUAUCUCAUAUGUUCAAAUAAAAAUUAAAAUCCAUGAACCCCAUCUACACUAAUUUCUAGAAUGAACAUAACGGAGUGCAUUAAUGGGCCACAUUCUGCCACUGCACAGCUCCAGCAGUGUGCCAAAUUACCUAUCAUCAACAAACAACUCCAACACAGACUUUACAUUAGCACAUUACCACACCUGAACAUGACAUAUUGUACCUUUAAAAAUGAUCUGCUGACGUCAUCUAACCUUUAUAGUAAAAACCUAUGAUGCAUCAGAUUGUAGCUUCUUAGUAAAACCAAUGCAACAACAAAACAAACUUCUUACUUGGUGUCAUUUAAAGAUACAGUAUGCAUAUGCCAAUACAUUUCCAUGCAUUGAUCACAUUUACAAUGUGUGAGUUGAUCAUAAAAUAUUAUUUUCCCCACGUGCCUUGGUUGCCUUUAGUACGAUGGCAUAUUAGGGCCACAUAAAAUAAAAAC